ACGGGUGCUUCUAUUCUUCUAUUCUAUUCUAUUGUACUCUAGUCUAGUCUAGAAAUUCUCCUCAUUUAAUCAUACUCGAGAUUUUCAGAACGUGAUUGAAAAUGACUGUUAUUACAAAGCCUACCUGCGAACAACGUGCACCAAGUCUGGACAGUGAAGAUGACUUUGAAGAGGUCCCUAAGUUUCCUGGUCCUCUUAUGAGCAAUGACCUGCAGAAGGAGGACCUGAUUCGGUUUAUCCGGUGGAAAGCACAGGAGUGUUCUGCAGAGCUUUAUAAACGUGACCACGCGGAGGCCUAUUUCUUAUGGAAGAUAAUGGAAUUGAUCUUCUGUCGAAACGGAAAAGAGAUGAUGUGUGAAGUUGCUGCAGUGAUCUUCAAGGCCUACAGCAGGCUCAGGAAUAACUUUCCACGAUUUGGGUGCCCAGAUGGUGAGAGAUGGAAGGAAUGGUGUCUUCCUCUGGCAGACCUUUUGUGCUCCUCUGCACCAGAUGAUGAGAUCAGAGAGGCUCUGAUUAAGAUGGGAGAUGAUCUUGCCUCCAGAAGAUGGACCUACGCAGCACAUAUCUGCUACGUUGUGGCAAAAGUGGAGCUGGGAUCAUGUAGUCAGUUUGAACUGAUCGGUUGUGACAGAGUGCCAUUUGGGUUGUCAGUCCUUCCUGAAACCUUUGUGAUAACGGAGACGUACGAAUACUUGCUGUCGCUGAGCUCAGGGCUGGCCCAGCCAAGCUUCCAGAUCUUUAAGUUGAGCCAUGUCAGCAGGGUGGUCUAUUUUGAGCUGAGUCUCUUAAGUGCCGCCACUAAAUACUGUGAGACCAUCGCUAGGGCAGCCUUCACUUUCCCCGACAGAAUCAAAAGGAGCUUCAUUGAACGGCUUAUUUUGCUGUCUUGCAAUGUGCUAAAAGACCAGGCAGAAGAACCUGCGUGGCUGCUAGAGCUCCGGCGGCUGCACAGAACUAAAUUAGCAAAUGCUAAUGGCGACCCAGUGCAGCACAUGGCAUCUACCAGCCAUGACAUGGAUUCUGAGAUUCAGGAAUCAGAAUGUUCCCCGAGGACAGACGAGAUCCCCGCUCUCCAGUCCCCUGAUCUGGAGCAGCACGCUGUCCCACGGGCUGUGCUUUAUUCACGGUACACCUUGGGAAAGGUGCUGGGGAUGGGAGGCUACGGAUCUGUCUUCGAAGGACACCGGAUUGAAGAUGGGAAAGAGGUUGCCGUUAAAUUUGUAGACAAGGACGACGACGACGACAUCAUAACAAUUCCUGGAGAGACGCAGGAGCUGCCUGUAGAGGUGGCACUAAUGAAGAUGGUGUCCAGGCCACCUCGCUGUAGCAAUGUGCUGGAGCUGCUGGAGUGGUUUGAAAUAGACAAUCAGUACGUCAUGGUCCUGGAAUGGCCCAGCCCCUGUAUGGACCUGUAUGAUUUCACUGAUCUUCAGGGCGGCCGCCUGUCUGAAGCACAGGCUCGAGACGUCAUGCUGCAGGUGAUUCGGGCGGCUCGUCACUGCUGUGACCGUGGAGUGUUACACUGUGACAUCAAGUUAGAGAACCUCCUCAUCAACACCGAUACCUUGGACGUCAAACUGAUCGAUUUUGGCUGUGGGAAACUGCUGAAGGACAGCCCCUACUACUCAUUUGUAGGCACUAAGGCAUUUGAACCUCCUGAGUGUCAGAUGAAUUUAAAGUACGUGGGCAUUCCUGUUACCAUCUGGGGUCUGGGCAUACUCCUGUUCUGCUUGAUCUGUGGAAGCUACCCCUUUGAAUCAGGUGAAGACUUUCAGCAUGUACACCUGGAAUUACGUCCUGACAUGUCUCGAGAGUGCUUUGAGCUGAUAAUGUGGUGCCUGGAGAUCAACCCUGAAACGCGGCCGACUUUCGCCGACUUGGUCAGGCACGAGUGGUUCACGGAGGCGGUUCAGGCGGUGUGAAUUGUGCUGGAUCCAUAUUGAGUUCUGUAAAAGAGAUUGAUGUGCUUAUGUAAUUUUACCGAGAACAGGUAAUUACGUGAAAGAAAAAAAAAUGUAGAAUAAAAAGAUUCGUCUAUUUUAAUAUCUGUUUUGUUUUGCAUAUUCCU